GUUUGUACUUCAAAGAAAAUGGCGGAUUCUUCAAAUUGUUGUAAACAAACAAGCUAUGAUAUACCCAUAGCACGAUAAUAUUUAAUGAAAUCAUGGAAAAGCCCCCUAAUACAGAUAUACUUGGCUGGUAUGUCAACAAACUAUACAAAAAAGCUUUGGAUCAAUGUCUACAACAAUCAACAGCUGUACCAGCUCAAGGUCAAGUCAACAGAGGUCAAGGCCAAGGUCACAGUGACAACUUUGCCAAGAGUCCAGUCUGUAACUCCAUGCUGAAUGGUGACCUGUCAACGUGUACAAGAACAAUACAAAAGGAUGACACCUAUCAAUCUAGAAAAGGUCAAGGUCAGAAAUCAAACUUUCAGAGUCAUGACUCAAGAUCUACUCAUGAGGAAGUGAAACAACCAAAACUUAUUGAAAAUCAAAAUAAGUUGAGUACUUCUCAAGAAAUGUGCCUUAAACAGCCACAAUCUUCUAGGAUGGUCCAUGAGAACACAAUUCUGUCUGAAAAAAGAUACACAGUAAACAAAAAUAGUGCUUCUUAUGUGCGUGAAUCAGAUAUGACAGGGAAUUACAGCACAGGUAGACAGCACAUGAAUGAGACAGAAAACUAUUACGUAGAAAGUUCAAAACUAGAACGGGAUACUGUGUCCAAUUUAAAAUCUAAUAUAGGUUUUUAUAGACAUUACGAUUCAUACAGUCACCAAAAUCUUCUGUGUAGUAGGCAUAAAUACAAUGAAUCUAAAUUGAGUCAGGUUGUUACACAUGACCUUAGUUAUUGGGGUCGAAGGUCACAACCACCGAUUUUCAAGGAGACAGAAAAUAUGAGAAAUGGUAGAUGUGAAAUGCCAAAAUAUGAUAUUCAAACAUUGAAGCCAAACGGGACAGACUUGUCCUGGUUCAGACAUUCGGUGCAACCUCAGCAGACCAAUAUACACGUGCCCAUUAGUCAGUCAUCGCUCAACAAGGAUGAUCAUUUUCGUUGUCGUCAACAUUCUCCUAACACGGAUCGUAGAAUGAUAAACUUGGUGGUUCCUUUACAUCCUUCUGUGAACAUAGAGAGAGAAUCUAACAAUUUGAUUACCUGUCAACAUUCUGAUUCUGUCAACAAGGGAAAAUGGUUGUCACAGAGUUCUUGCUCACAUCAACAUCCUGCCAAGAUAGACAGCAAGGGGUCAGAAAGCACUUCCCCACAUCAACAUUCAGUGGACACUAACGCACAGUUUCAACCAUCUUCUAUCUCAAAUGACAGACUAGCGACUAAGACUUCUAUAGACUAUAAAAAAACACCAACAUUUAAGUCUUCAAUUUUCUUCAGUUUAAAAUCUAAUCAUCACAACUCGGAUCAAAGUCUGUUGUCCGAACAGUCCUGCAUCAUCACAGAACACUGUGGUAACAGAGUUGAACAGAAAAGUCCAGUGGUUGUCGAAAGCACAAGUCAUAGUGUACAACCUCAAUCACAUAAUACAUGUGAUGUUCAUCCAUGCAAUGAUAUUUUGGAACCUUGCGAGCAGUUGAAGCUAGUUAAAGAAUGCUCUUCCCAUAGUCCUAAGGCAGUACCUGAUCAGGCCAACACUGAGAACACUUCUACAGAAUAUUUACAGAGCAUAGAGAAAGAGGGAACAAACAUUACAUUAGAUCCUGAUGAGAGUGAAAGGUUGAAGACUGCAUCAGGUAUAUUGGCUACUCCCUCGACCAGUGCUGCUUUGGAAGAUCUUGUCAAUCGACUUCCAACCUCCUCCCACAAAGACCCAUCAGCCAGUGAAAUUGAGCCAGAGAAUUCGGUGGCGGUUGUCCCAUUGACUGAUGGAAAUCUGAAGCUGCAUCACAUCAGAAUUUUGUCUGGCUCCUCCCCUAGUCAAAACAACGGUGCUGACAGUGAUAGUGGAGAGAGCUGUAAAUCUGGCAUUGUCAUCAAAUCUGGUCAUUCUAACCAGAAGAGGAAGAGGUCACUCAGUCUAGAUAAGAAAGGUAACAAAAGACAAUCCAGUGGUGCAACGAAGAAUAGGAUCAACAACCCAACUAACACCGGAAGGACAGUCAAGGGUAACAAGAAGCUGACUAAUGUCCCAGGAAAAAAUAGUCAGAACAAAAAGACAGACAAAAACUCUAAAUUUAAAAGAAGAGAAAAACGUGUUGCUGAUACUCGCUAUCCUCUACGAAGAAGCUGUCAGGGAAAUUCCGCAAAUGUUGCCAAGUCCAUAGUUGAUGAAUCAAAAACAACAGUUAAGAAGAAAAAAGAUAAAAAUGCUUUAAGAACAUUUGAUAAAUCAAACAAAAAACCUCAUUCAGGAAUGUCCGAACAUCUGAAGCAGUGUAUAGGGCGUGAGAUCAGUAUAUUAAAAGCUCACGAAGAUCAGGCGAUGUCCAUCAAUUCUGACAGUGUGUGUCAUUCAAUAGACUCCAAGAGGCUCUCUAGUUUGGCAUUUUUAGACCUGAAGGACUUGGCACAAGUGCCCGAACCAUGCAAGUCCCUUGAAAACCAAUCUGUGUACAUGUCUAAAAAACAUGUUGGAGGUGUAUGGAACUCUAUAGUGAAAAAAUAAUAAUAUGCCUAUCAAACACUUUUAGACUACAAUCACAAAUUAUUAUUUUUUUACAGAGAAUCGAAUAAAUAAAUAAUAAGUGACUCUAAUGUUAAGGUCAAAUGAGCGUUACAAAGACUGUUGCUGUGAGGGAUUUUCUUAUAUUCUUAAAAAUGUAUUUCUGUUUAAUACUGCUUAUACAAGUGUACUGAACUAUAUCAAGAUAUUGCAUAAGACAGCAUAUACACACAGUUAGAUUAUACAUGCUUUGUUAAAGUGCAUACCACAUGAACUAGCACUAUUUAUGAUGACGGUUACGCUAUCAGUACUGUGUACUUUUUAACUGUAAAAGAAUAUAUCUGUUAUAAAUAUCAAAAAAAAAAAUAUUUAAU